AAACUUAAGAAAUACAACAUCAAUUACCUAUAUUUAUUUACUAAAAGUAAAACUAGAAGAGGCUGAUGAGAACUGGACUUUAGAAGCCUGGUGACGACAUACCGAAGACGUCGGGACUUUACACCUCGCUCGCUGUGCUGAAAACCUCUCAAGUUAGAAAGCACCUUAGGGAAUAUGAGCUCGAGAGCUACGCAUAUUUGCCAGUAACGAUCCUACGAAGACAUAUAACAAUUCACUUAAAUAAACCCCGAACUGAACAUCGUAGCUGUCAAUGCGAAGAUCGGUUGCUGCUUGCUUUGCAACUAUUCGGAAGUCAUAUACGACUAGCUCCAUCUUACGCAAGCCUACAUCAAGCUUCACAAUCACCACUAUUACCACCUCUCUACGGUACUCAUCCACCAUGGCGCGGACCUACGAGUCAGCCCUCCAAUACCUGGAGUCGCUUCAGUCCAACAAAUUCAUAACAUCCCAAUUCGUCCCUCCAUCCAUUCCCUCAUCCACAUCCUCAACACCCGACGACCUCAACUCCCGCGCGAUCCCAGAAAUGCUCGCCUGGAUCCAACGCGGGGGCGUAAAAACCCCGGACCUCUCCCGCCUGAGAAUGAUCCACGUCGCCGGGACCAAAGGCAAGGGAUCCGUAUGCGCCUAUCUAACCUCAAUCCUCCUCCACUCCAAAGACUCCAAUGUAGGCAAAAUCGGGACAUACACCUCGCCACACCUCCUCUCCGUACGCGAGCGCGUGCAAAUUGGCGGGCAACCCAUUAAUAAAAAUCUAUUCACACAAUACUUCUUCGAGGUCUGGGAUCACAUGUCGCAGGCCGCGCGUGACGACCAAAACCAGGAAACGAAAAGUGAGGAAUGGAUUACAGGCCCGGAGACAAAACCGUUUUAUUUCCGGUUUUUGACGGUUAUGGCUUUGUAUGCGUUUAUUAGGGAGGGUGUUACUAGUGUGGUGCUGGAGUGUGGGAUUGGUGGCGAGUAUGACUCUACGAAUGCGAUUCCGGCGGAUGCUGUUACAGCGGCGGUUAUUACGCAGUUGGGUAUUGAUCAUGUGGGGAUGUUAGGUGCGACGGUGCCCCGUAUUGCGUGGCAUAAGGCGGGUGUUUGUAAGGAGGGGCGGAAGUGCUUUACGCGGAAGUUGGAGGGAACUAAGGAUAAGGAGGAGACUAUGGAAGUGCUGAGGCAAAGGGCGGCGGAGAAGAAAGCUACGUUGGUGGGAGUACUGGAUAAGGAGGUUGAGAAGUGGGGUGGGGUAAAGGGGGAUACCACGGGGAGUUUGGAGGGCGAGUUCCAGAAAUACAAUCAAGCCUUGGCUUUGAAGGCGGCGAAUGAACAUAUUAGGGUCUUAAGCGGAAAGCUCGAGGGGCAGCCAGAAGAUGAGAGUCUGGUGGCUUUAGGAGAACGUUUCUCCGAGGGCCUGAGAUUGGCUAGAUUAAGGGGUCGUUGCGAAACCAGAGAAGACCGCGGAAUUGAUUGGUACAUCGAUGGGGCGCACACCGCGGACAGCCUGGAGGAAGUAGCUAAGUGGUUCGCAGGGAAGUACAAAUCCCUCGCUCCUGGUACAAGAGUAGCCUUGCUAUUUAAUCAGCAGGAGCGCGAUGUGGCGAAGCUACUUGGCAGUUUAAUCAGGGGCAUUCGACAGGAACUCGGAUACUCUGAGGAUAGGAGUAUCUUUACCGACGCCAUUUUCACGCGCAAUGAUUUACACCCGCGAAGAGCUGAUGAGCCGGAAGCCCGUGAUAGAACCGUUCAGAUUGCGGCUGCCAAAGCUUUUGGCGAAUUUUGUCCCGGGGUGGAAGCUCACAUCGUGGAUAAUGUUAACGAUGCCGUCACAACACUUAGUGCGUUGAAAACCAAUAAUGGAAACAAGUGUGAGGUUGCAGUUUUAGCGACGGGAAGCCUACAUCUUGUGGGUGCUCUACUGAAAACAUUGGAGCCGGAUGCGGAGUCGUAAACUAGAAACAACCAUUGGUACAACCAGGGAGGAAGAGAGGCAUUUAUGAUAUGGAUUUGGUCGGCGUAUAGGAAAAUAUGCAUAGAUCGUGGGUCACAAGACUGCGCGGAUAUUAAGGAUUGAUAUGGCUGUGCUUUCAACAACUGAGCCUUCAACAUAUACCUUGGAGAC